GUUUGACUUUUAUAGAUUUGUGUUACUUUACAAGGCUUGUUUUGUUGAUGUUCCAUCUCUUUCAACAAACACUCUAAAUUGUGAUUUGUGAACAUCAAAUAAAUUACGUAGGUAGUAAGAAACAUAUUUGUUCUUGUAACGGUAACUUAAUUUGACUUUUUGUUACAUUGAUCAAUUUCCUUUUCUUCGCAAAACAUAGAAAAAAGAGACAAUUUCCUUUUUUCAAUGGAGCGUUUGCUUAUAAAUACUCCAACUCUCGUAUCUUCUUCUUCGUUGAGAAAUCAAAAUACCAUCUUUUAUCUUCUUCUUCUUCUUCUUCUUCUUUCUUUUUCAUACCUGCAAUUUCCCUGAGAGACUGAUCACUGAUGUGCUUUCGUUCUCUCGUGACAACAAUCUUCAAUCAAUCGAGUUCACUUUUUAGUUCGUGACUCCCUAAUUUCACACGAUCAAAGAUCUCGCCACCGAAACGCUUUCACCGAAGGAUUCUUUCAACGGCGGCGAAGGAGAUGAUUACACGACGGAGAAGGAUGCGCGGAAGACUAUGGCCAAGAGAGGGAUAGUGAAAUUAACGACCAGUUGGCAGAUUCGUAGGCUUUAAAACUACAAUUCGACUGCGGAGGAAGAAGACAAAUUUGUGUUUCAUCGAUCGAUCGAUAAUCAUCACCAGCGAGAACCAAGAGACCUUUUCAAAUCCAAAACAGAGGAAUAUAAGAGAUUAAGGAACCAUUGUGACGAUGCCUAACUUGCUCCACACCAAUCAAUCUCACUUCUUCUUCCUCCAUCAUCCGCCAAUCUACACCGUCAGUUCAAAGACGCAGGCUUUCCACUUCCCGCAAUCAAUGGCGCCGGUCAACCUCCGUACGAAUCUCUCCGUGCGCAGGACCGUACGGUGUAUGGCGAACCCGAGGAGAGUUAAGAUGGUGGCUAAGCAGAUAAUGAGAGAACUCUCCGACAUGCUUCUAACAGACACGGUUUUACAACACGCUGUCUUACCUGAAGCUGCACUUGGAGCUGACCGCUACCUCUCUUCUCUCACCACCAUUAGCGAUGUUGAAGUCUCUAAUGAUUUGCAGGUGGUUAAAGUAUAUGUAUCCGUGUUUGGAGAUGAUAGAGGGAAAGACGUUGCAAUUGCGGGGUUGAAAUCGAAAGCUAAGUACGUUAGGAGUGAGCUUGGGAAGCGAAUGAAGUUGAGAUUGACGCCUGAGGUCAGGUUUAUUGAGGAUGAAGCCAUGGAAAGAGGAAGCAGGGUAAUUGCAAUACUGGACAAAAUAAAAGCUGAGAAAGGAAGCGGUGAAGGGAAAACAGAACCAUCUGACUCAACAGAAGAUGAUCAAGAUUGGGAAGUGGAUGACCCCGACGAAGACAUAAUCUAUGUAAAGUAAUGGUCUGAAGCCGUUUAAGCAACGAGUGCAUAUUACUCUGAUAGAACGCUCCGCGUUGUUGGACAAGACUAAGGCGGAAUGGAGAACCGGAGAAGAUGAAUACCGAUGGUAGUUACUCAUUAUGAAGCCUGAAAGCUUCUUUGGUCCAUUACUCGGGGAUCUCUCCAACAAAUUGUUAUUUUGGAUAAUAUCAGUGUAAGGGUUUGGUCAUGAGCUCAAGUUUCUGCCUCGUUGUUUCAAUGUUUUGUCCUUGUUUGGUGUUACAGUUAAUGUCAGCUCUCACAAUGACUCAAGUAGAAAUUAACCGAUUCGGUUUCAUAUAUGCCUAGAUGAGUUGUGUACUUGUGUCAUUGGGCCCGUAUCUCAUGUAUGCAGUAACAUUUUAGGCCCAAACAAAAAUCAGAACCUAAUCCAUUGUUUAUGUUACUUAUACUACAUCGGUAUCUUAGAAAUUGGGCUUU